GGAUAGGGCACAAAAAAGGGGGUUUUAACCAGGAAGAUGGGUUUGGCACAAAGGAUGUGGGCCUUCUUUUGGUGUCAGUGGGGGAAGAAAUGGGCAGCACGGGUCAGUGGAGUUAAAGAGGUAGGCACAGUAGAAAUUGCAAAGAGCUGUUUGGGUUCAUGAGAACUGUCGAGUUCUCAAGAAGAAGAAGAAGAAGAAGAAGAAGAAGAAGGAGAGUGACAAGCAGUGGCCGCAGUUCCCAACGCAGAUCGACCAGGUGCAGUCCCCCUGCCCUCGUCAGGGGACUUUCCACGAACCAGCCGUACGAGACCACGGUACCUUCUUCCCCCCACUACAACGUACAGUCAUUAAACGUGUACUUGGGGUUAUCUUUCCGUCUAAAUACAGUUAUUACAAUGAUCGUACGUUGUAUUCGGGCGAAGAAGGUAGCAAUCCACCACCGACUGAGAAGAAGCAGAGGGCCACAGUGUAUAGCAAGGAAAAGGUUAUGUGAAUGGGGAUUGAGGAUAUGGAGUAUGAAGGAGAGGAGAAAGAGAACGAGCUGGGUGGUAAUCAGCUGUCCCAGAUGACGUGGCGGUUUGCAUGCAAACUCCCUUCAUUUGUGACGAGGGAGCUGUCGGAAAUGGGAGUGAAGAGGAGAUGGAGGAGCGUAGAGGCGAUGAGAUUGACCAGGGGAAGAGGGGAGGGUGAAAGGGGAAAGAGGAGGGGCAGAAGGACAGUAAGGGAAGGAUGCAAGAGGAUUAAAGCGACCGCACGAGGCGAGCAAGUAGAUGAUGAAGAUGGUGAUGAUGAGGAGGAUGAGGAUGAGGAUGAUGAGGAGGAGGAUGGGGACGAGGAUGAUGAUGAUGAUGAUGACGAUGAUGAUGGUGAGGAGGAGACCGAAGCGCAGCUGGGUGGAGGAGAAGGGACGUGGGAGGAAGGAAAGGAGCUCGCGUGGGAGGACAAAGAAGAGAGGAAAUGAAGCAGCGUAUGGAGAGGGGAGAUGAUGAAGGGGGGGAGUGGACAAUGCAGAAGCUUGUGGAGGAAAAGGAGACCGAUUUCGUUGAAGUGCACUUUUUCAAACCUUGGCACGAAAUUGUUAGNAAGCUUGUGGAGGAAAAGGAGACCGAUUUCGUUGAAGUGCACUUUUUCAAACCUUGGCACGAAAUUGUUAGGGCCCUAAGAAUGGAGCAUAUGGUACAGAAGAGUGAUCCACGGGUGGAACCAUCAUGCAGAAAUCAAGGCCCCCUGAUUUCCCGCCAAAAUGAGGCAUUUUAACGAAAUCAAGCCCCCCCCCCUGAUUUCCCGCCAAAAUGAGGCAUUUUAAUGAAAUCAAGCCCCCCUC